CUUGUUCCGCUGCGCCAUGAAUAGCGAAACGUAUAGAUGUAAAUAUACGUGGCCAGUCGCAGAAGGUUCACCCGAGAAACAGAUCCAGGUGCAAGUCAGCGAAUCGCUACCACCAAGUUUUGUACCUCUGGAUGAGUUGCUGGAUCUAGAAAUGUGUUUGGUGCUUUCCGGUACCGAUCGGCCGGAAGCAUGUGAAAUGCAACUAUCCUUCAUACCACUGUAUCUCCCGCGGGCCGUGUCGUUGGUCGUCGAAUGUCCCGUCAUCGAAUGUUACUACGGCAGGUUGAACGAGUACUAUCGCACCUUCCACGGGGAACUAGUGUACACGUUGGAUGAGGUUAAAGUAUUUCGAUUCGACAUACGGUUUACCAGCGACAUUGACGAAUUGCAGUUAAAGUUCAUCUCUCCCAACACACAUCCACUCUGUCUGUACGGUACUCGACUCUAUAUGGAGCGCAAUCCUAAUCCGCUGCGAACAAUGAUGGCUGCCAGUGCCGGCAGUCGAAUUAAUGUGGCCAGCGUUCAGCAGCGGUUGCAAAACACGGAACUGUCCGAGAAGGCAGAGAGCUGUAAGCGGCUAGUACUUGGUUCGCUGGGUCCGAGCACACAGAAUGCAGCCAAUAAUAAUCCAUCUCCAGCGGCAGGUGAUGAGCAGCAAAGCUUAGACAGUAAUUUGGCACACCUCCUUGGCAAGGUGCUGCAAACGGACACGGUACCGAACGCAAAUGGUGGAAGCGUCCCUUCGUUAGUAGAAACGUCCAUAAAGCACUACAUAGACAAGAAAUUCGUUGAACUGGAGCACUUAAUAGAGAGUAAAUUGUGCGCUUUGGAACGGAGGCAAAAUGAAAAAUUGGAUCAAAUACUCGGCCUACUGCAACCGCGACCUGACCUUUUUCCCGAAAGUAUCGAUAGUUUGGCCGUAGAAUUGGAAUGAAAAACACUUCUAUGCGAUGCGUAUUACUCCGUUGGUGGUUUUCUCUAGUUGGUUUUAUUAAUGCAAAAAAUUAAAUGUAAAUAACAUUUAUCUCUCGUUCUCGGAAAAUCACACAAAAAGACAGAAUGUAGAAAGCUCGCAAGAAGGGAUGUAUGCUUGCGGUGGGAAAAAGAGGAAAAACUAUAUGAAUA